UUGGUCUGGAUUCAAUGGGCCCACUGUUUGUGUGAGAGAGAGCAACACACACGCACAGCAGCCUCGGCCUGCGAGAGUGGGCCCUCAGCGGCACAGCUGUGGUGUCGGGGUGCGGACUGUCUCUGAGAGCCUCGUUGGCAGGGCCUGGUCAGCUGGUGUGAGCCGCCCCAAGGAAACCUGUUGGUCUACAUAACUCUUAGUACUGCAUGGAAGUGGUUGAUCUUCAAGUAGGAGCUCGAACAGUAAACAAGCUAUUCACUUCGAAAGCUGCAAAGUCGAGUCCAGCCCUGCCGUUGUGUCACUUUGUUCAACUGAUUUAUACUUUACUUCAUGCAGUUUCCAACACCAGAAUACAGAUGGGAAUCCUGACUGAUUUUUGUUCCUUCAGCGUGGCAAAGCAUGCGGACAUCAUUGAACCACACUUUUAAUUGUCCAUUCCUGGUUGGGCUGAAUAUGCCAACUUACUUACUGUAACUGAGUCAGACAUGUUGAUAUGGAACUGGAGACACAUAGGACAGACUAGAACCAUGUGGAUAAUGGAGAACACUUUGAUUGAUCCAGAAGGAUAAGCGCUUGAGACAAAUGGAUACUGAAGCACAAAACAGACCAAAAGACCUUGUCUUACCCAGUUCUACACCAGAAUUGACGGAGCCGAUUUCUUAUGUGGGACCUGCCAAAUAUUAUCUCUGUGGCUACUUUGCAGCUUUCAAUAACAUUGCCAUCACCUUCCCCAUUCAGAAAGUGCUGUUUCGACAGCAGCUAUAUGGACUAACAACGGCGAAUGCUAUCCGGCAGCUAAAGCAGGAUGGCUUUCGCAAUCUCUACCGAGGAAUUCUGCCACCACUCCUGCAAAAGACUACAACUGUGGCAUUGAUGUUUGGCUUGUAUGAAGACUUCUCCUGUCUCUUGAAGAAAACAAAUAAUGCUCCAGAGCUGUUCAAUCAGAGUGUGUCUGCAGUAUUGGCAGGGACUGCAGAAGCAGUUCUGACACCAUUUGAGAGGGUACAGGCUUUGCUACAGGAUCGCAGACAUCAUAACCGAUUCAAAAAUACCUUCCAUGCCUUCAAGGUUUUGAGAGCCUAUGGUAUUAAAGAAUAUUACAGAGGCCUUGUACCCAUCCUUCUCCGCAAUGGACCCAGUAAUGCAUUGUUUUUUGCUUUGCGAGGGCCUAUCAAGCAGUCCCUGCCAGAAGCCACUACAUAUAGUAUGAAUGUUCUCAAUGACUUCAUCUGUGGGGGGUUUCUGGGGUCACUGCUCGGAAUAAUAUUUUAUCCAAUCAAUGUGGUGAAAGCACGUAUGCAGUCACAGGUUGGAGGGGAAUUUCAGAGUUUUGCAAAAGUCUUCAUGAAAAUCUGGACUGAAAGGGAUGGCAAAGUGUCCCACCUAAUGAGAGGUGUACACCUCAAUUAUCACCGGUCAAUUUUAUCAUGGGGCAUAAUAAAUGCAACCUAUGAGAUUUUGCUUAAGGUGCUCUGAGAGAUCUUUUCGGUGUCCAUUGCUUAACCUGAGUAUCGUUUUCAGCUCUGUACUUCAGUAUUUAACAUUUUGUCUCAAACUAUCUGUCAUGCAGAAUUUCUCUUCAAUUCCAUCAGAUGAAUGUCACUUUGAAGCAACUUAUUUAUUGUGGAGGAAAACAAAGUUCAACUUCAACUCUGAGACCAGAUGGCCAUUUGCAAAAUACUUUGAAUAAUUUUUGAAGAUAUUGGGCUUUUGUUUCAUAUUGAUGGAGGAGUAAGAGUCCCAAGCCAAGUUGAGUGACAGUGGCAAGUGUUUCAAAGUAACAAUUCCACUCACCUACCUCAAAGAGGAUGGUUCAGAGCCCUUCUGAUUUUACUUCCUCCCCUCCUAUGCUUUGUUGUUCUUUUUUUCCAGAAUGUUUAAACCUCUCUUCUGACAAACUUUUGUGUAGUCCUAAAAGAACCUGGGUUAUUUUUAACUGAAAUGGAUUUCUUUUUCCAGGCAUGGUAUGGUGUCUACCUGUUCUUUCUUCACUAUUAGGUUGUCCUAAUUGUUCUACAGCUUCAACUUGCCUUUAAGAUAGUUUAUAUACAAUACAUUACUAAAUGUUUGGCUAACAUUGCAUAUACCGUACAUUGUUUUGGUUAUCAUGUGAUAAUUUGGAAUCACAUCUGUAUUGUAUGUGUUUGCCUAAUUUUGAGCAGGUAGCUUAGUGCUGUUUCUGUUGCGCUCGUGUAUCACUCACUGAAAUGCACAGUCCAGGGUUCUGGUCAAAGUUGUUUUCAAGUGGCCUUUAAUUUUUAAUUUUUUUGUUACAUUGGUAGAAGAUAUUGCAAAAGAUGUCAAAAAUAUGAAUUCUAGUGCAAAGUUCUGUGAGCUCUUAAUUUCUUUAUGCUAGAUUGCUUCAAUGUAAAUAUGCUUCCGAAGUCGAGUCCACGUGCUGAACAACUUGUCUGAUGUGUGUGUAUAUAUAUUACAUUUUUAUCUUGAAUACUUAAUCAACUUUUGCACCUUUUGCUGAAAAUUAUAUUAAAAUGAAUAUAUGUACUGGGUCGUCGAUGGUCAGAACUUCAGCUUUUGUUUUGUCUUUCUUCAAAUUUUUUUCAUUUGAACAAAUAUCAAAGCUUUUGUAAAACCCAGUCUUGUUGUCUUCACACUUCUUGUCUGAGAUGAGCUUGAUGGUGGAGAUGUGCUCCCAGCAACCCUCCCCUACAAACUCUUCCAAAUCUACCUGGGAAUUGUUGAUUUCAGUUCUUAUAUUUCCAUGAUUUUAACUGCAUUAAUUUAUUAUAUUAAACAACUACAGUAUGAAAGAUCACAUGUUAAGACACCAAAAGUUAACCUCCUUAGCCACUGCCUUGCUCAACUUCAACAAUUAGCAGGAAAAUAAUUGGGCAGCUUAGACACUUGUAGGUUUUAAAACACAAAGCAAACUGCAAUGCUACUUUUGUGUAAUUUUGGGUGUCAUGCCAUUUUGCUGUCUUAACCACUAGGGAGCAGUAAGUCUAUUUAGAGCUCAAUACAUGAGUAAUUGCAAUAACCCUCCAGUUGCAUAACUUGCCUUAACCUCUGAGUAAGGUACAGUUCAUUCUGCAUAGUACAUGAGAAAUUGGCAAAUUACUUAGUGGUUAAAUGAAUACUGUGUCCUGUUGACACACAGUACACAUCUUUAUACACCAAAGUGAAGGUGAUCAGUUAAGAGGUUUCUGAAGAUGAUAGAGAAAUGUAAUAAGGCAGAAAGGUUUGGAACAAGAGCUCCAGACCCUGACAUUUAAAUUCCUGGUGGGAGUAAGUGAUGGGAGGAAGUGAAUGAAUAAUUGUUCUAAAUUGAAUAUGGUGAAAACUGAAACAUGUGAUGGUUUAUUCUGUCAUGGGAUGUGGACAUUGUUGACAAGGCUAGGAGUUGUUGUCCAUCCACAACUGACCAUUGUGGAGGCAGUUAAGAGUCCAACACAUUGCUGUGAAUCUAGAGUCACCUGUAACUAUUCCUGGUAAGGACUGCAGUUUUCUUAAAGGGUGAUGGUAAACCAAAUGGAUUUUUAUGAUGAUCAAUGUAGUUUCAUGGCAACAUUACCAGAUUAGAUUUGUAUUCUGGGUUUAUUAAUUGAAUUCAAAGUCCACCAGGAUUUGAAUCCAAGUCCCUAAAAUAAUAGUCUGGGUCUAAAUUAUUAAUCUAAUGAUAUUACCACAAGGCCAUCCGCUAUCACAUUGUGAGGGUGUGGAAGUGUUUAAUGGCAUGAAAACCUACUUAGAAUGGAUGCAUGGAUUGGAGGGGCAAAUGCAGAUGCAAAUCUUGAAUAAGACACAUUAAAGUUCAUAGGCACCCAAAUGGAUAUAGUGUAAAUAAAUAUCAUAAAGAAAAAGAUAUGCUGGUGAUAUCUUCAGUUUUCAAAAUUUCUGAUUACUGUGGUAUUCUUCAGCAGCCCCCAGACACCGCAAGAAAUUAAGUGUAAAAUAAAAUGAGAUACCAGGAAUGGUGUACAUAUAAUCGAAUUAAACAUGGAUUCCCCACUUCUUUUUGCUUGUAUACUGAGUUUGAGUAGAAACUGAGUAAUGAAUCUCAACAUCUGUACAAUGGGGCUGAUGAAUGGAGAUAAUGUGUUAAAUCUCUGAAAUGUUUAGUACUACAGCAACAAAAUGUGAGUAGGAAUAUUUAUUGGAGCACAUUAAGAGCUGAGGAUAAAUUCCCUCAGAAGCAAACAGUCUCUAUGUAAGAAGAAACAUUUGAAAAAUUAAUGUUUUGAAAAAUUAAAAUCAAAUUUUCACUCUCUCCCAACCCCCAUCAAGCGCAAUUCAGUCAUUGAGUUGGAUAAAGGCAGGCAGUUGUGAGUUUUUAAAGAAAUUUAUAUUUUAAGAAGACAUUUGAAUUCCAUUGAAUCAGGAAAGAUUGGAAGAGAGUAAACUAUCAGUUAACAGAAAAUAAUGAAGUUAUCUGCAGUAUAUAUGUAGAAAUUUAAGAGGGAUGUGGAUAUCUGUGAAUGUGACUUUGAAAGGAAUUGUGACAUUGAAAGGAAUUGUGACAACUUACUUCAAAGUGCCAACACCUAGGUUGUUUGACUGGUGUUCAAGAGCAGAGUCAUAUACGUCAUAAGAGCAGAAUACAGUGACUAUGCUGGAAAGUUAUAACUGUGACCAGGGAUUGGGAAGUGCCAUUUUUUAAAAAGGAGAUGGAUAAUUUUAGAGUUGUCAGCAUUGUUUGUAAUUUUUAGAAUGACUGCCAUGAAGACAGCAGCAUAAGAAAAAUUUAACUUGUAAUUAUUUAGCACCUUUUAUGGCCUCUAGACAUUCCCAGAAGCAGCAAUAAAAUUUGAUAUAAUGAAGCAAACAUUUUCAAACGUGCGAAGAAGGUUGGCAGACUUUAUCCAGACAGAUUGUCUAUUCAUUUUUUAAUUUCAUGAAUAUGGCAAUAAGAAAAUUGAGAUAGUAGCCAAUUAAAAUUCUCGAUAAUGUUAGUUAUUGUGGAGAUGGCAAGUAUAUUCUGGAUAGUGGUUUAAAAAUAAAUUUAAUGUCAUGAAGGAGCAUAAGACAUAAUCUAAUGUGUGCAGGAUCAGUCAUUUGUUAAUAAAAGGGAUAGACUUGAAUCUGCUGCAAUUAUGUAUUCCAUUGCUACUCAAAGGACAUUUUUUAUCUGGUUGCAGUGAAAAUUUGUAUGUGUGUGUUUAUAACAAUGUAAUAUGUGUUGCCAAAUCCAGAAACAAAGAGAAUAAGGCAACUAAUAGCUAAAGUUUAGAACACAAGACCAUUGAUGUUAAUUAAGAAGGCACACAAUGAGUGCUUUUUCAGGGCGGUUUCCUGAAGGAAAGCAUCUUCAAGUUGGCAGGCAAAUACUGGUGAAGACCAAAGAGAGAAGUGUGCACGAAGCUGCAAGAAUUUGCUUUAAAGCAUGAGAAAAAGAUUAAAAUGUUGGGCAUGUUGACAUUUGCACAACUGGAAUUAAGAAUAAGGGAAAAAGAAGUUGGGCAGCACUGGGAUUUAUCAAAUGACAAUCCUGUGUCCUGUGCUGGUAAUGACUAACUGCUUGAAAAUUACCUAACAAUCAAGUAGAUGCUCAGUCUGCUGUUGCCAGAAACAUCCAUUGAUGUGGUGCUGUUGGUAUGUAUCAGGAUUAUUGAAAACUUUAUUAAUAAAGGGUAGAUUUUCUGAAUGAGGCUUGCUGAUUGGCCUAUAAAGAUUUCAGUAUUCACAUUCAAUCUAUCUGGAGCAGGAUACUGUAUUAUUUUGUAUUUAUUUGUAAUUUCUGUCACUGCACCCUAAUAAAACAUUUUCUAUGACAAUUGCA